AUGUCUGAAAUCUAUAUUACAACUCAGGUAAAUGGAGGUCUGAUUAAAAAUCCACAGCCGAAAUUCAGCAGCAUGAUUCGUCCUGAGUCCUCCCACCAGGGUGCACUGACACAAGCCAUCGUAGCCAACAAUCCUGCCGCCCUCGAAUCGCUAUUUCAACUGGGUAUUGACCCUAACGUGACUCGAUGUGAAGAUGGCGAGCUGCCUCUUUUGAAGGCCGCCAAGUGUGGUUCUGAUCAGGCCAUGUCCGUCAUCCUCAAGCACGAUGCGUCAGUUACUGCCACUGAUACACAUGGUAACACGGCACUACAUAUGGCGGCUAUGAUAGGCAACAUAAGCUGUGUGCAUCUUCUCCUGCAGCAUGGAAUCCCCAUAAAUAUUUUCAAUUCUUUCGACGUCACUCCCCUAAUGCAUGCCGUUUACUUUGGACACAUUGAUAUCGUGCGAUAUCUGAUCUUGCAAGGUGCCUCCACGACGCCCGAAUUAAACAGUUCCAAUGAAUCGGCCCUCACUUACGCAUCUCAUAUGGGUAACGUUGCCAUAUUGGAGCUACUUUUAACGGUGGAGGUCCCGAUCGAGUAUCGGAGGAGAGAGUUGUACGCCUCCCUCGCAGAGGCCGCAUUAGGCAGACAUAUGUCGGUGGUACAAAUCUUGCUCGCUCGUGGGGCGCCCGUCAAUUUUUCAGACACCUCGAUUCAACGUCCUCUUCAUGCAGCCAUUUGCGGUGGUAAUGAGUCAAUCGUUCGUCUUCUUCUUUCCCGGGGGGCAAAUAUUGAAGCCACGAAUCAGAAUGGCGACACUCCACUCAUACUCGCUACGGGAAGACGAAAUGUCAAUAUGGUCAUUAUUCUCCUAGAUGCAGGAGCUGACAUAAACGCAGUGAAUGAAGUAACUGGCGAUACCGCCUUCUCUGUGGCGGAAGAACGAAGGUAUACUGAGCUCUCUGAUAUUCUACUUAAAGCUCCUACUAACAGAACAUUGUAG